AUGGCCAUUGCCUCGGCGGCCGCGUUCGACCUCUCCCUGCUCGACGACGAUGAUAUCCUCCGCGAAGGUACCGUGUACGCUCCGAAACAAGAGGAAGGACGAGCGUUUGGUGCUUCACUCUCGCACUCUUCGUCGGGCUCUGCUGGGAGUUUUUCAGCUUCUACCAGCUUCUCGACUUCAGGGUCUGGCUCAAGCUUCUCGGCCUCAGGUUCUGGCUCAAGCUUCUCGGCCUCAGGUUCUGGCUCAAGCACAUCGAUCUCAGGCUCCGGUGCUAGCUUCUCUGCUUCGGGCUCGGAUGCUAGUUUGUCCACGUCUGGAUCGGACGCUAGCUCCUCCACUUCAUCCGACUCCAGUCUGUCGGCAUCCGGCUCUGACGCUGCUAGUUUGUCCGCUUCUGGGUCUGGACCCGGUUCGGCCGCGCCUCCUACGACGUCUUCUACUGGGUCAGCAGACACGACCCCAACGUCCGGCAAAGGAGGCCUACUCGCACCGUUCUCGACCGAGGAGCCACCCGAGACUCUGUUUCCCCGUAAUGUCCUAGGAGAAAUGGCGCCUAUUAUCAACGUCGCCAAAGGUCUGCUCGGAAAGCCCCUCCCGACGAACAAGUGGUGGGGGAACCUCAUCCACACCACGGUCGAGGGGCUCAACACGAAGGCCAACCCCGGUUGGUCCAACCCGUACGCGGUCAAGCUGCCGAAAGAGGCUCCGUACGGCAUCCAGGCGUGCUACUCGUACAACUACCGCCAGUUGUCCGCCUUGACCGACGGCGUGGCUGAGUUUUACUUGCACGACUUCGUCAACGACAUCACGCUCUCGGCCACGGAGUUCGCCGGAGAGGCCAACCCCAUCUACGAGGUCUACUCGUUCAGCGACUUCGGAAUCGAGGUGCGCGCGUGCCUCGAGAACGAGCAGCAGUGCAUCGAUUCCGCUCUAGUGCAUGGCAUGGCCUUCAUCACCGCGACGUACGACAGUCUCACGGCCAGUAUUGAAUCCGAGUACACCAUGAAGAUCGUGGACAAGUCCGUCCCGGGCAAGUACAUCAUCGAUCUUGGUGGCAACCAGACCUUCGCCAUCGACGAGUCGAGGAAGGCUCUGGUCUCCAGCAAACCCUUCACUGGCACUGUUCGUGUGGCGAUUCUGCCGUCGAGUGAAGCCACCGACGUGUACGACAAGUACCGAACGUGCCACGUUCGCGGCGGCAAUGUCUCCGUGGCGUCUCGAACCGAGUACUCGCUGCAGUGGGAGACGGUCGGCAAGAGCUGUAAGACGCACGGCCUGCUGCACUUCGCGCUGCCUCACCACUUGCCUGCUCUGAAGGGCGCCAUCACGGAGAAGGACCCGAAAGCUAUCGUCCUCAAUUCCGCUACACGAGUGGACGCUGAAGACGACCUGGAGGUGGACUUUUACCCCACGGCCAAGCCGUCCGCGAAGAAGGUCUCGAAGUUGGGUCUACUAAAGACUCUGGAGGCCGAUAUCGCGGAUGAGUGGUCCUUGAACAAAACAAGCUGGUACUUCAACGGCAAGCAGUACCAGAAGUACGCGUCGCUGUGUCUCCUGGCCGGCGACGAAGCGGUCGUGGGCAAGGACAAGAAGCUGCUCCAGACUUGUCUGUCGAAGCUGCAGACGCUGUUGGAGCCGUUCCUGGACAACACGCUCGCCCCACCGCUCAACUACGAUACCUCCUACAGCGGCCUCGUCAGCAGCCUGGGCUUCACGCUCAAUAACGUCGACGCGGACUUCGGCAACACUGUGUACAACGACCACCACUACCACUACGGCUACUGGGUCACGGCCUCGGCCAUGCUCAAGAGUCUCGACCCCAAGUGGAAGCGCAUGAAGGAGCUGGAUGCCAUGAUCUGGAUGAUGCUGCGCGACGUCGCCAACCCGAGCGCAGAGGACGCCUUCUUUCCAAAGUUCCGGUACUUCUCCUUCUACUUCGGCCACUCGUACUCACACGGCGUCACCCCCAUGGCCGACGGCAAGGACGAGGAGAGCACGUCCGAAGACGUCAACUUCUACUACGGCAUGAAGCUCUGGGGCCAGGUGUCCAAGAACAAGGCCGUCGAGGACCUGGGCAGCCUCAUGCUGCGGCUCAACGCGCGCGCCAUCCGCACCUACUUCCUCAUGACGUCGGACAACACCAUCCACCCCAAGGAGUUCGUGCCCAACCACGUGACGGGCAUCUUCUUCGACAACAAGGCGGCGUACGCGACGUGGUUCAGCGCCGAGAGGUACGCGAUCCACGGCAUCCAGAUGAUCCCCGUGUCGCCCAUCAACGCGCUCGAGGCCAUCGUCACGCAGGCCAACACGACCAACGCCUGGCUGUCCCUGCUACUGGUGAACGAGGCCGCCGUCGACCAGGCGGACGCACUGCCCAAGCUGAAACAGGCCACCAUGGACGACGGCCUCACCCGGUCGUGGGCGCUCUACAACGCCGCGGCCCGAAGUCACAGCGCCAAAAAGCCGACACCCGCGUAG